GCGCUUGCUCAGAAAUUUCAACCUUUUUUUUUCUCCCGCGCCCUAUGUUAUUAAUUUUUUGUUUCUUAAAUAUAUUUUUCUGUCUGCUCAAAAAUCAAAGCGUUACUGUCGGAACUGACGAUCGGACAGAUGGCAGGCGAAAACGCGGCGGCAAAUGCAAUAUGUUCAAUCUGCUACGAAGAUCUCAAACCGGUGGCUGAGAAUCUGCAAUCGAUCUCCGCCUGUGGCCACGUCUUUCACGAACUAUGUUUGCAGCAAUGGUUCGAGUACUGUCCGAAGACGAACAAGCGAAACUGUCCGAUUUGCAAGCAGAAAUGCCACCUAAAGGAUCCUUUCCGGCUUUACUUUCAAUCUUCCGGGAAUCAAAUCGAUUCGAUUGCAACGCACAACGUUGAGGAAGAUCCUAUCUUGUUGAGGGGAGAAGUGAAGCGGCUUGAAGGGAAGAUACAGAACCUUUCUUCUGCUCUGGAGGGGCAGAAAAGUCAGAAUGCUGAAGUCUCCGACCAGUUGCAUAAAUGCAAGGAACAGUUGAAUGAAGACAAAAUAAAAAGGUGGGAGGCUCUGCAAGAGAUAUCAUCCACCGGCCAACACUUGCUUAAAGUAAAGUCAGAGGAAUGUGUUCAGCUUACUUCCAAGUGUGCUAAGCUACAAGACAGAACUAUGGCUCUAGCCAAAGAGCUCGCGGCGCUUAAACUAGUUUCGGAUCUAAGCUUGGAAGAAGAUGAUGUUAUGAAGCUAGCCUUGUUGGGGAAUAAUGCAAAAACAAAAGAUACAAUAGACACGCUAGUCAAGUCCUUGGUUAUCCGAAACAGGAGUUAUAAGGAGCUGCUAGCCAAGUGCAAUCAGCUGGGCAGAGGCGAAGCUCGAUCUUCUGAAAAACUUGAAAAAGCUUUGGAAAAGAUGGAUAAACUAAAGAAGCGAGUGAGAGAACUUGAGAUGAUAGCUGAAGAGAGUGCGAACAGAGCUCUAAGGGAUAUCAUUGUUUCAAAGAACAGCAGUGACAGACAAGUCUCCAAGCCUGCAACCGAGUGCUUGGGUUCUUUCAGAAUGCCUCCAUCAGUUGAGAAAAUCUCUACACCACUUGGUAAGUUUGAGAAGAAUGAUGGCUUCACCAAUCAUGAGUCAUGCUUAAGGGGAAGAGGAGACUCCUUUCCUGGCAAACCAGAGUUGGUUAUUGAGUUAGAUGAUGAUGUUCCUGAAACCGCAAUUCCUGGAGCCAGACAUUCGGAUUCUGUUAUGAAAGAUGGUAAUAAUGUUCAUGAGAAAUGUGACGAUCCGGUGAUCAAGGACAUAAAGUUUAACAUCAGAGAAAACCCAACAUCAUCAACCUCAACUUGGAACAAUGGUGCUGGAGACAGUAGUUGGUUGUCAAGUGGAAAAAGUCAAAAUCUCAGAAGAUGGAGUAAACAAGGAGUGGCUCCUUCACCAGGAGGUUCUGUCUCAGGAAAGGAUGAUCUUAUCUCUGUUGGACCUGAUGGUAAAGGUGGUAGAAUCAAAGUGUUGAGAUCUAAACCCCAAUUUUCUAACGCCAAUGCAAGCUCAGGAAGUGGUAAGAGAUUCAAGAUUGGCACUAAAACAAGUGGUUCCUCAUCUCAAGGGUGUCUGCAGAUCGAACACUUUUUUGGAAAACCCAAUCCCUAGGUGUCUGUAUGAGAAUAUUAGUUUUUUGGAAAAAUCUACUGUAUUAUUGGUAUCAAACUCUUCUUAGCCAAAUAUAAUCACAUGAAAAUAAAACACAUGGCCAUUUUUGCUUGCUCAACAUAAGAUUUGACCCCAU